AUGAAUGAGUGAGGUGAGAGAGAGAGGAGAGAGAGAGAGGCAGGCAGUUCGGAUUUAGAAUUAGUGUGAAAGGAACGAGACGUGAAGAGAACAAUAAAUGAGGUGAUGAUAACCCUCAUCAUCGUCACGUCGUUUUUCAUUCUCUUCUCCCAAUAACAAUCUCCCAGAAUUCCACGCUCUCUCUCUCUCUCUCUCUUCUCUCUCUCUAAAGCCUAGUCAACUUCAUCUCUUCUUUGUCCCAUAUUAAUCCAACAAUAACAAAAUAUACUCUCUCUCUCUAUCUCUAUCUAUCUCUUCUACAAUGCUUCAUCAUCAUCAACCUAUUUACAAAUUACCAUAACCUCACUCUCUUCCAACUACAUUUCUAUAUCUAUCAACCAUCCCUACUUUUCCUCUAUCAUUUCAUUCUUUUUCUAACUUCAUUCUUUUCUUCUAUUUAUAACCUUUUCUAUUAUAAUAUUCAUUCUCACAUUAUGUGGAUGGUAGGUUACAAUGAAGGUAAUGACUUCAACAACAUGGCUGAUUAUCCUUUCAAUGGAAGAAAACUCAGACCUCUCAUUCCAAAGCCUCUCACCUCUUCUUCUCCUAACAACAACAUUUCAACUUCCACUACUCCUUCCUUAAACCGCAUUCAUGGCUCCAAUGAUUUCUUUUCACAAUAUCACAAUCUUCACCAAGUUGGAGAUCAAAGUAAGAGACCGGAGAUGAAUAACCCGGCUGCGGCUGCAGUUGUGGUGAGUUCGAGAUGGAAUCCGACACCGGAACAGUUAAGAGCGCUUGAAGAAUUAUACAGAAGAGGAACAAGAACACCAUCUGCUGAACAAAUCCAACAAAUCACAGCACAGCUUAGAAGAUUUGGAAAAAUUGAAGGAAAGAAUGUUUUCUAUUGGUUUCAGAAUCACAAAGCAAGAGAAAGACAGAAACGACGGCGUCAAAUGGAGUCAGCUGCUGAGUUUGAUGGUUCUCUUGAAAAGAAAGACCUAGGCUCAAGUAGGACAGUCUUUGAAGUUGAACACACCAAAAAUUGGCUACCAUCCACAAACUCCAGUACCAGUACUCUUCCUCUUGCAGAGGAAUCUGUUUCAAUUCAAAGGAUAGCAGCAAAAGCAGACCAGUACUCUAGAACAGAUGGAUGGGUCCAAUUCGAUGAAGCAGAAAGAAAAAACUUUAUGGAAAGGAAUGCCACGUGGCAUAUGAUGCAGUUAACUUGUCCUACCUUCAUAAACACCGCACAAUAUCCUAAUAAUUCUAAUUACAUCUCUUCUACAGCAACAGCUAGCAUGGCCACCACCACCUCUAGCACAGUAACAACUAGACUCAUGGACCCAAAACUCAUCAAGAGGACACAUGAUUUGAGCUUAUUCAUUUCACCUUUCCACUUAAGCAGUAGUAGAAUCAACAAUAGUAGUCACACUCAGCAUGAAGAUCAUUGUUUGGAAUCUGCUCAAACACUUCAACUUUUCCCAAUAAGGAACGAAGGAGAUAAUGGAUGCAGUGAUGAUAGCAUUAUUAACCAACACAAAGAGACAGAGAUAUCAGCUUCAGCAAUGAAUGCACCAAACCAGUUUAUUGAGUUUCUACCUUUGAAGAACUGAUUAGAAUAUAUUAUAUUAUAUAAUAAACAAGAGUUUGGUAUGCAUGUCAAAUGACAGGUUUGUAUGUUAGGUGUUGGAUUUUGUUGGAAAAUAGCACUAGUUUUUAUUGUUAUUGAUGUUAUGUUUCAAGAAAUUGGUGGUGUAAUAGACACUGAGUUGAAUGAGGUAUUUUCCUUUAAAUGCAUUUGGACUAUGUUGGUUAGUGUUUAUUAUAGGGCUUAUUAGAGUAAGUUGAUUAUUAUGUAUACACAUGUUGGUUCUGAUAUAUGAAGAAUGGGAAACGAAGAAUUAAAUGAAGAAUGUAUAAGGAAUUUGAUGUGAGGGUUUGAUUUUGA